AUGCUACAGAAGACAUACAGUUGCCUGCAACGACUGAUCUCUCCAGUUUUCAUCGCUCCAACCAAUCUUAUGUUGGCUCCUUCUUGUUAUGUUCAUCAUCACAAAGAGCGCCACAAUCUGCGACUCUUUCUUGGCAUUCAACGCUCGAACAAGCACAAAGCUAACAGGAACACACACAUCAAUGAACGGAAAUUUUCUCGACUUCGUGCUAAGAAGAAUUUCAACAUUGAAUUGCCGGAUGAUGAGAUGCAAAAAAAGAGACAGAAGAUGAGUCCACUGGAUCUGCGACUUAUGUUGCUGAAGAAAGGAAUCAAUCCGUACAGAGACGUUACACCCCAAACAUGGAAAGAAUUUCAAGUGACUUUCAACUCUUGUCAUCAAGUAAUGGAUCCUUUUAUUCCAAGAGAAAAACCUUCACCUGAUAAUCCUUACACUAUUUUUCGAAAAAAUCCGUUGAAAUUAUUAGGUUUUCCUUUCUUACUCCCUCCAGAGUUCCACGAAAAAAAGGAAUCUUUGGAAUAUGCACUAUUGAGAGCAGAAGAAGGACGAUUCACAGUAUACCAGCAUAAAUAUUUUAACCACAAACAUGGCGUGAAAAGAAUACGUAAAAGAAAGGGAUUUGAAAAUUUCAGUGUUAAAACUUUCCCGACUACAGCUGACGAAAUUUAUGUUGAAGCUCACAGAGCCUUGAUGGCUCGUGACAAAACUGCAUUGCAAAAAUAUAUAACAGAAGCUGCAUUUGGGAAAAUGUGGCCGGACGUGGAAAAUGGUUCAGUAAUAUGGGAAUUAACGGAACAUAUCGAACCAUCACGCGUUGUGUCUAUUCGUUGUGCUGAUUUUCCACACCAGUCUGGGAAUGACAUUGCCCAGAUCAUUGUUCGAAUGCAUACAAUGCAGAAAAUUGCACUUUACGACCGUUUUGGUAGAUUAAUACUCGGAACAGAACAUGAAGCGAAACCAGUACUAGAAUAUGUAGUGUUCGAAAAUCAUAUUGCUAGCUUUGAUGGUACUUGGAGACUACACGACAAAGUUUAUCCAGAAUGGAUUAAGCCCAAACGAGAUUUGCCUAGGCAAACGAGAAUUUCUCAAGAGCAUUUACGAAUCCAGACCAGACAACCACUGAAGUUAGGUGGUGGUCGAGAACUACCUGUUCCUGAAGAGCAGGGAUAA